GCCACAAUCAACGAAAGCAUGGCGGCCGAGUUAAGUCCAGGAACGCCGGCGAAUAGGCACGAAAAAAGCCUCGGUUUACUCACAACAAAAUUUGUGGCUCUCCUCCAAGAAGCUAAAGAUGGAGUCCUUGAUCUUAAAAUGGCAGCUGACACAUUAGCAGUACGACAGAAAAGAAGAAUUUAUGAUAUAACAAAUGUUUUAGAAGGAAUUGGCUUAAUCGAGAAGAAAUCUAAAAAUAGUAUCCAAUGGAAGGGUGCUGGACCCGGCUGCAACACGACAGAAAUGUCGGACAGAUUAGACAUGUUGAAAGAGGAACUUAAAGAGAUGGAGGACGUUGAGGCGGAUUUAGAUGAGCAAAGAAAUAGAGUACAACAGAGUAUCAGGAACGUCACAGACGACCAAGAAAACAGCAGAUUGGCAUAUGUAACCCAUGAGGAUCUGUGUAGAUGUUUUACGGGGGACACGCUGCUUGCGAUUCAAGCCCCUUCAGGGACACAGUUACAAGUUCCUGUACCAGAAAAUGGUCCAGCCAAUAAAAAACGAUAUCAAAUUCACCUCAAAAGCUACAAGGGUCCCAUCUUUGUGACACUCGUCAACAAAGAUGAAGCCAGCGAUAGUCCAGUAGUAGUACCAGUGCCUCCUCAUGACCUACAACCAGCUAUCCUCAGCGGUACUGGGGUACCAGUCGGAAGCCGCUUGGUUCCAGCGGAGUCAAUUCCUAGGGAGGUCGAGAUGCUGCCUAAGGUGGAACCGGAAGUCAAACCCGCUGAAAUAUUCCCUGUGUCGAUAAAGAAGGAAGUUGAUGCAAAUGGAUCCAGUCCUCCGGAUAGCCUGAAGGACAUCCCAACCGAUAUGUUAUUCCAGCCUGGUGAAGAUACAUUGAUGGAUUCACAACUAUUAGAUGAACUUAUCUCGGCAGAAACUGGUUAUGUCCCCUUCCUGAGCCUCUCCCCACCUCCUGGAGAACAAGACUACUACUUCAACUUGGACGACAGUGAAGGAGUUUGUGAUUUAUUUGAUGUGGACAUCCCAUUGCUGGCAUAGCGUUGAGAAUUGUUUUUUAUAAAUUAGUAUCUUUAACUACGAAUCUGUCAUGACUGUUUUCAGAGGUUGUCAAAACUGGUUGGAUAUGGAUUUGUCAAAAUUCUAAUUUUUACAUUCCAUGAAAUUCAAAGUAAGUGAUGGCCUUGCAUGGUGUGGAAAAUAAGAACUUUGAAUAGUAGACUUGCAGGUACAACCAUUGGUAAAAUCUCUUUUGGAGGAGUGCUGGCUCUGAAAAGAGCUGAUGUGGUAUUGAUGUUUCGUCUUGUAUGCAUGUCUUAAAGAGAAAGAAAAAGAUGACCAGAGUAUUCUGUUCAAAGUGUUGAGACCUGCUCUUUUCUGAGCCAACACUCCUAAAGAGAUUUUACCCAUGGUUGUACCCAAAGUCUGCCAUUUGUAGUUAUUUCUUAAAUUUGCAGUACUUGUUUGAAAAUUCUGAAAGUCAUACUGACUUUGCAAGUCUCUCGUGUUUUUGAACAUUGGGCCCUGUUUUCCGCACAAAGCCCUUUGUUCACGCUUAAACCAAAGCGCCUACUAAACCAUCGUUCACAAAAAAUGUUUGAAUACAUGCAAGACAUUCUUGGUCUAUAGACAAGCACACAAUGG